AUGGAGAAUCCGAUGUGUUUACCCGGGAAAGACACAAAAUAUUGUUUUAGAGCUCAGAAUAUUGGCCCGCAAAAGACCUGUAGAAGAUUUAUUGACAAUAAACGGUCGCUAAAGCCGAGUGGUAACGGUGAAACGAAGUGUUUAUGUCGUUUGUGUCAGUUGAGUGAAUUAAAAGAAAAUUCUGAUACAACUGCAACUAACUUAAGUAAGCUUUGUAGCAUUAUUGGUAACUUAACACAUAAUAUAAAGGUUGAAAAAAACUCUCUGAAGGAAGUAACAUAUACCGACACAACAGAAACACUCUCAUUGGUUAGUUUGGAUCUCUGGAACUCACUAGAGUGGUUCGUGGAUAUACUUGAUAAUCUUAACAGAUUGGAAGCCUUAGGACUAGGACUUAGGUAUAGAAUCAAAUUGUUAAAUCAGGUAUCUACAAAUGACAAGGAAGCUGAUUAUUUGCAACAAUGGAUAAAAUUUGAAACAACAUUUAGGGAUGCUAACAAUGCAAUCUAUACAACAUAUAAAAUGCUGGAUAAAUUAGAAAGUAGGUUGCAUCUUAUUAGAAUAAAUUCCCUCAAGGCCUUAAAAAACAGAAACAACGAUACAAAUACACGUUAUAGGGAUGAGUUCAACUUGCAAGUUUCUUCCAACUCAGAUAUAGCAAAAGAUUAUUCUACCCUUUCAGAUAUAUGGGAUUUAAAGUUUAACGAUUUUCGCACCGAAAAUACUCGUAAUUUUCAUCGGUUUACCCUUGAUGUUAUCAAUCAACUAAAAAGAGUAUAUCCUGAUGUUGAAUUGUAUAGUUUUUACCAUGACAGUACCAGGUCUUGUUUAAGGGUGAUACAGGCACCAGCAUAUACUACAGACCCUUUUCAAACAUCAGAUGAAGACAAAGUUCCCGAUAAAACAGAUCUUUUCCGACUGUAUAAUGAGGAAUCAGUGCCUGCAGAGGAUAGUGAUAGCUAUAUAUCUAGAAUAACGGAUUUGAACAAUCGUUUACUACCAAAGUUGGUUAAAUGUGUGACAAAAUUACCAAUAUUAACUGAAACCUAUAUGAAUGCCUCAUUAUAUCAGGCCUUAGGGCCUUCAGAUCCGGAAUCGCAUUCUAAUACACAUAGUACGGAAUUUCGUACCUUGGGAUAUGAAUCCACCAAUAAACCUGAUUCAGCAGAUAUGAAAUUGCAAGAACCAAUUGAAAAUACUUUCCAUACACAACUCGCAAGAAUAUUUUCAAGGACAGGCCUUGAGAUUGUGGAUAGCCUACGGUGUACAUUUGGGAGUUCAAAAGGUAUGAGGAAAACAAUUAUUUUUUCACAGGGUAUGAUCAAAGAUUUAUUUAUAUCAACCUUUUCAAACGGAAUCAAGAAUCAUACAGAUACUGCAGAGCAAUCAAAGCGGUCAGAAAUGGCUAUGAACAUAAAAUACAGCAAAAAUAUAGGUUUGAUUACAAUGGAUUUGGCUUCUGGAGAAAUUGAUAAAUUAAUACAGAAUCAUUUACCUUCGUUCAAGUGGUCCCCCUUACUUCCUAGCAACUAUAUUGACUUAUACAAACCAAGUGAAAAUAUUGUUGCGGGUGGACCAGAUGUGAAUGAUCUAUUUCUAUAUACUUUGCAGGGUAAUGGAGAUGGCAGUCGUUAUUUGGAUUAUAGUACGGUUGAAGAGGGCCUAUGGAAACAGAGAAUAUUCACAUUUAAGAAACUAAAUGAGCAGCAUAUAAGAAAUAUACUAAGAAGGAGAAAUAUGAAAAAUAUAAUAGAAUAUGACUCCAGUGAUACAAUAGCGUACGACAACUUUAUACCAUUUAAGGUAACAUCAAACUUUCAGAACUACAUACCGAUAAAGUACAGCAUAAAACAAAAAAAUGACAUCAACGGAUCAUGGAUUACGUCUUUGUCGGAUAGCAAAAUAUUUAAUGAUUAUAGCGCUGACAUCCACGUUGAGGUUGAAAAUGAACUAUAUCCUGGUAUGUAUUUUUUUGGCAAUCGCAGGCUGAACGCUUUGAUUUUACCAAUACACAAAGACGAAAUAGAAAACAAUCCUACUUUUAGGAGUAUUAUGGAAAUUUCUAGGUAUAAAACAGACUUUAUGUUUCCAAGUUUAUUGAGUCAAGUUGCUGCAUGGAAAGAUAAAUUAGGCGAUAAGAAGCCAUCACCUGGAUCAUUCUUUGUUACAUAUCAUACCAAUCUUUGUCUAGGAAUGCUUAGCACGCACCAAAUAGAUCAGUGGGAUAAAAUAUCGAUAUCAAUGAUAUUUCAUUUGGUAUCAUGUGAUACAAAUAUAGAUGAUAAUACCGAUCCUAUUGACUACGCUGAGAAUCCAGAGAAUAUAUUAUCGGAAAUAGAACGAAUUAAACCUAUAUUGCAUGGAUUGGAUAACAUAUUGGAGUUUUGUAAUCGUUACAAAAUAACAACUUUGACAAUUCCAGCUGCUCUAAAAUGUUGUUACAAGAUAAAUAAAACAAUAGUAAGCGAUAGUAUGCUCAAGCUACAGUCUAAUCAAACAUUGGACUGUAACAGAGAUUAUACAAGGUGUCUUGCUAUCGUUUCACAUUUGGCUACUAAGUUUAAUAAAUGCAGUGAUUCACUCAAAUACGUUAAUCUCGUAUUUCCUUCGUAUCUAAAAGAAACACUUUUGCCUAAAAUGGCAUCCAAUAUAUUUUCAGGUCGUGUAAACACAUUUUAA